GUCCCGAGGCAUCGGUCUUCCCGCAGCGGCAGAUCCAGGGCCUCGAGGAUAACAUGGCGGCCGUCAAAGAAGCCAAGGACGAGGCAACCCCAGCCAAGCAGCGCGCGGUGCAGGCGCGUCUAGGCCUAGCGGCCAUGGAGGAGAAGGUCAGCAACAUCGAGGAGAGCAUCAUCACGUCAGAAGACGUCCACAAUAUCGUCCUCGACUAUCUCGUCGCGCGGUUCACCUCGCAGCGCGAGCUUUUCUACUUCGCCGUCGUCGAGCGGCGCGAGUGGGGCUGCCUGCAGCAAGCCCGGGAGCUUUUCGACAUCAUCGAGGGCGCCCAGGGGAAACUCACCAGGGCGAAGGCCAUCAGCCAGACCGAGGACUUCGUCUCCUACGUCUUCCGCGUAAUCUACGUCUCGCACGUCUUCUAUGUCUUCUACGUCUUCUUUGUUUUCUACGUCUUCUACUUAUUCCUUUCUGCCCCAGCUCACUCCACGCCGCCGCCCGCCGCGGGCGGGGGCAGCGGGGCAGAAAGCGAUUGCAUUAGUUUUGUCACAUACGAGUACAACGUGCAUUCCCUCAUCACCUUCGAAGAGCGCGUCAUAAAGAAGGAACGCCCGGGGCUGGGCAAGGCCGCGCAGAAGCUUAUCAGAGAGUACUCGCGAAAUUCUAUGAAAACCUUUACGAGACAACGCCAUUGGCAGCGGCAGAGUGCCAAAUUUUACGCCGACGAGCUAGACGACGCCAUCUGGCAUGCCAAGAACGGCAAGUCCGGGGGCGAUUCCGGCAUAUGCGCUGAGAUGUUGCAGGUUGAGUACCGCGCGUUACGGCGCCUCGCGUUGGGGGCCUUCAAUGCAGUCUUGAACCCAUCCCAGGACAUCCCGGAAUAUUGGAAGCUGAAGGCGCGAUGUGAGAGUCUGAGCGAACGCCGUACGGGGCCGCACGGCGGCAUCGUCGUAGACUCCCCGGACCUGCCCCUCACGAACCUCCGCUUUGCGGACGACGUUCUCCUGCCGUGCACAGACAAGAGGGACGUGGCCAGAAUGAUCGUGGACCCAGAGACAGAGGCGAAAAAGUGCGGUUUAAAGGUGCACGCGGGGAAAACGAUGAUGCUCACAAGCGCUGUUCCGCGACCGUCCACCGCGAGACGCACGGGGCGCGACGUUCGGGUCUUCCAGCAGGGGGGGCCCGAGAAAUUCUCGGGCAGGAAGUCGAAUUUGGAUACUUACCACGAGACAGAGCUCACGCAUCGAAUUUCUGCUGGAUGGGCAGCAUUCUCCCGCUUGAAGGAUGUCCUGUGCCGGCAGCGUCUACCUCUCCGGCAUCGCAUGCGUUUGUUCCAUGCUUGCGUCGCCCCAAGCGUGAUGUAUGCCGCCGGAACUUGGACUCUGACCGUGGACCAAGAGCAGAAGCUUCGCACGACACAGCGCAGCAUGCUGCGCAAAAUGGUACGCGUUGGACGCCAGGCGGAUGAAUCGCGGGUCUCUCACAUCAAGCGGGCCGCUCACAUCAGCGAGGAGCUUGCCGCCAAGUUCGGAGUGGAGGAUUGGACCGCGCUCUUCAGGAAGGCGAGAAAGGCCUUGGCCGACAAGAUCUCCGUCUGCGCAGGGGGGCACGCGCAGGCGCCGGUGGCGUUCUUCGCUGGAGUGCCCUCUGGGCUGGGCGACGGCUGGCCACGUCGCGACGCGGAAGGUCCCCACCUUCUCCGUAUCAACGCGCAGCUGCUCGCCCCACUGGCGGGCCCCGAGCAAAUGGCGGACCAGGGCGCGCCCAGCUGGCUGAAGCGCCCAUCGGAGGGCCAGGACAGGGACGACUUCAGGGUCCUCAUCCUGAUGCUGGCGAAGCAGGCGUUGCCGGAGGCCCGUCAGGCUGCGGCGCUGGAGCGCGCCACUUACCAAUGCUACGGGGCGCCGGGAGAUGCAGUGGACUCCAUCGGAAGCGUUCUCAAGCAGGCGGGCGACGAUUGCAGCGCGGUCUCAGGCGAGCUGCGGGAACAGAAAAAGCGGGGAGCAGGCGAGGGCCCACCCUGCAUCGCUAUCUUCGUGGUGCCGAUCAGUCACAUCAUGGACGAGACGAAAAAGGGCGCGGCGGAGACGGACGACGAGGUCUUCGCGGCUCUGAAGACCUACUGGAUGACCUACGCGGACAACCGCAUGCCUGCGAAGAUGGGCGGACACGUUCUACGCUUCAGGUACAAGAACGCCCGCAAGGACACGCCGAAGGCCGAAGCGACUCUGCGCACCGCGCUGGCUCUCAACCGCCGCGUGGUCGGAGAGACAUGGAAGAUCGUGUUGCGAUGGCUGAUGGCGAAGCGGGAGGCCACCCGCAUCGCGGGCCCCGCGCCUCGCGUGACAUUG